AUGUGGAGAGAAAGCGUGUUGAACGGGAGUUUUAUGAAUGAUGAUGUGAAGGACGAUGAUGUGAAGGACGAUGAUUUGAAGGACGAUGACGUGAACGGGGAUGGUAUGAAUAAUGGUGUAAAAGAGGAUGGUGUAAAUGAGGAUGAGGGGGAUGAGAGUGAUGAGAGGGAUGAGGAUAAGGUGAAUGCGGGGGUUAAAGCGAAUGUGAAUGAGAUGAAUGAGGAUGAAAUAAAUGAGGAUAAAAUGAACGAGGUUGAAAUAAAUGAGGAUGUGGUAGAGCAAACUUGUAAGAGUAAGGGGAAAGAGGGAGACAUGAGUGGAGUCGACGAAAAAAAUAACAUUACUGCAACACUACAAAGUGAACUUCCAGAUGAGAAAGAAACGAACACUGUCAAGUCAGUAACUCAGAGCAAGAAAAGAGAUUCGAAUGAUGGUCUUUCAGUUGAAUUUCAAACGCCCAGAAAAAAACGAAACAAAACAACGAAGACUGUCUUUGAAGAUGAUAUCCAAACAAGAACAAGUUUCAUAGUCAAAUUGCGACUACGAAAAUAA